UCAAUAUUCAAAGAGUGAACAACAACGUAACCUCCUUUCCAUUCAUAUUCUCUCCUAUAAUUACUAACCGUACGUUUUAUUCGUACUACAUUUCGGUAGUGUAUCAUCAUUCACUUUUCAUUUUGACGAAAACAAAGAAAAUGGCCUGUUAAUACACCACUCUUCAAAUUAAGCAAUAAGACCCUCGUUAGACUCCUUGAAACCCAACGAACAACCUAAUCAAGUCUAUUUCUCUUUGCCGAGUAAUUCUCUCCAAAGAACCGUUGCCUACCCGAAACCCCUGCCUCCCGCGAUAGCUACGAAAGAGAUCGGGACAGCGAAAAUAAGUAAUACGCUUUGUGUAUCCGAACAAAGCCCGUCGUCAUGCUCCGCACAACUACGAUGAUUAGAUUCGCUCCCGUGAAUUGCGGACGGCUGCUCGUUACGCGGUUUCUUUCAACCCCGCGAGAAAUUGUUCGUUACAAUUUGCUCAAAAAACUUGGUCAUUCAGCUUGGGUUCAGCGAAGAACAAUGGCUUCUACUGUUACUAAAAACUCACAAGGACCUACUGCCAUUGUAAUGAUGAAUAUGGGAGGACCAGGCUCACUAGACGAGGUUGAGCCUUUUCUUACUCGCUUGUUCACAGAUGGUGAUAUUAUUCCGUUAGGUCCAUUCCAGCAAAAAUUAGGAAGAUUCAUUGCUAGAAGGCGUACACCAAAAGUGCGCAAAAAUUACGAGAUGAUCGGGGGGCGUAGUCCUAUUCUGCCAUGGACUGAAAUUCAAGGCAAGGAAAUGUGCAAGAUUCUCGAUACUCUUUCACCGCAAACAGCACCCCAUUUGCCUUUCCCAAUGUUUAGAUAUGCGAACCCGUUAACGGAGGAUGUGUUGGACCGAAUGAAAGCAUCCGGUGUUCGUCGAGCUGUUGCUUUUACACAGUAUCCACAGUACUCCUGUACGACGACCGGUAGCUCACUCAACGAACUUCGAGUACAGCUUACAAAGAAAAAUAUGACCAACGACUUCACGUGGUCGAUCAUUGAUCGUUGGCCCACACAACCCGGCUUAAUCAAAGGUUUCGCCGAAAGCAUUCAAGCCAUCUUAGACACGUACCCAAAAAAUGAACAAGACGACACGAUCAUUGUAUUCAGUGCACAUUCGCUUCCCAUGACUCAGAUCAACAAGGGUGAUUCGUACAUCAACGAAGUGGCUGCCACGUCUUACGCCGUUAUGCAACAACUUGGUUUCAGAAACAAAUACAUCAAUGCCUGGCAAUCUCAGGUCGGUCCCACUCGCUGGAUGGCACCGCAGACGAUGGAUGUGUUGACUUGGUUGGCCAAGAAGGGCCACAAGAACGCCAUCCUCGUUCCCAUCGCCUUUACGUCCGACCAUAUCGAAACCUUGCAUGAGUUAGAGGAGUACAUAGCCGAAGCAAAGGCAUUGGGAAUGACGGGCGUCCGUCGGAUGCCGGGUCUGAAUGACAAUGCCUCCUUCAUUAAAGGUAUGGCUGACUUAGUGGCCGGCCAUUUGCAGAAAAACGAACGGUUCUCCACCCAGUUUCUAAUGUGUUGUCCGGGUUGUAACAAAGAAUCGUGCAAGCUGCGUAAGGAGUUUUACAACAAGCUCGUAAAGCAGAGAACUUGCGAACCUUUAAUUUCUGAAACACAAAACGCAUCUGGCAUUUGUGUUUAAUUGUUCUCAAUCACAUGACAAGCCGAACAUGUUUUCGUAGUACAUACACGUAACGCUGGGAACGACUUAUAUUUCUUCUUUCGUUUUCGUCUUUCCUCCUCUUCUCCUACUCCUACUCUUUACUCUUGCACCUUUUCCUCCUCACUAUGCUCUGUCUUCUUCUUUAGACACAAACGACCCAGCAGGUACUGUAGAUACUAGUAACUAUCAUGCUUUAAA